CUGAUAACAGUGCGCACUUUCUAUACCUUCAAACAAUUUGGAAAUAAUGGCGACAAUGGAUGACUAUGACAAGGUAAAGGGAGAAGAGGAACAUAUCCUCCCUUUACCAGGCGACCGGCAACUGGCAUACGCCCACAGCGGCCCCGCAACGUCUCGAACCGUCGUUAUCUUCUUCACGGGCAUCAUGAGCGUCGGCACCGCACCGAACACGCCUGCCCCGUGUCGCGACCUCGGGGUGCACUGGAUUUCGCCUACGCUCCCGGGCAUGGGGAAUUCCAGCACUCGCGACAAGAAGGUACCCUACUACGUCUCGUUGGCGAGAGACAUGGUCGCCUUGCUGGCGCAUCUGUACCCCACGGACGCCUUUGACGCCCUCUACGUUGCGGGAGGAUCGUACGGCACGGUGCAGGCACAAAUGCUGUACGGAGCGCCGUAUGACCUGUUUCCUCCUGGUCGCAAGAUCGUCGGGUGCGUCCUGUUAAGCGGCUUCGCGCCCCUCAAAUACCACCCAGGCUAUGCGAAGACACUGAACUGGCAGAACUGGUUCUCCUUCGGGCCCCCAACACGGGUGCUUCCCUUCCACCUUCUCCAGCGGCUUUUCCGCCUCGCAGUCGAGUCGAAACUGCACACCGUCGACGGCGCGAAGACGUUCCUCCGGCAGACGCUUAUUGACAAGAUGGACGACGAAGAAAAGUCGACGUUCGGCAAAUGGCUGGAGAAGAAUGACCUGGCCGAGGACGCCUUCUUGGACCAGAUGGCGCGAGGAAUUAUCCGAUGUUGUGUGAACUGGGAUGGCUUCAUGGAGGUCUCGGACGUGAUACACUCCGACUGGGGAUUUGAGCCCAAGGAGCUUGACGAAGAGCAUGCGUCGAAACCAGUCCUCGUCGUCAGUUCAGACGUUGACCAAAUCGGCGGGAGCACCAAUAACUGGCUGGUCGACAAUUACAGGUCCACCAAGCACAAACUGGUGCCGGGAGGCCACAUAUCGUCCUUGUUUUAUAUGGAUGAAAUAUGGGAUGAGAUCAUUCAAAUGGCGAAAUCGCAGGUAGACCGUGAUGCCUGAUUAUGGCUUGCCCCAAGGAUCCAUCGGCACAUUUGGGCACAGGAGUCAAUUGUGAAACCCGAGAGCCACAAGAAGAAUACAUGGGACCAGGCAUGUGCACUUGACACCAGCCUAGAACAGGCAACAGCAUAGACCCAUCGUGGACUCGGCGGCAAACUAGAUUUCUUCACGCUCCUGGUAGUGAGCUCCUCCUACCCUAGCAGGACAUUCAACUCGUCCAAUAUAGCGAAGUCAGACCCAAGUCCAUGAACAACUUCUCUACCUCCUGUGGAGUCAUCCGGUCAUAGUCGUAAGCGGCCUUGUUGGAAUACCACGCCUGCGACAAUUCUUAGCAGACUGGCCGUGGCUUCAUUUGGUAGUAGCAGAAUUACCUUUGAUAAUUUCCAC